UUGGGUCUAUCCACAAAGAUGGAAGCUAGGUUGGAAAGAGCUCCGUUGGAGGAAGGGCAGCUGGAUCAGGCCCAGGAAUGCCCCCAAGAUGCCCUCUCACAUGGCAGUGAAGAAGCAGUGUUGAUCUGUUCUGUUCGUACAGGUGUGAAAACAGCUGCUGCACCUCCAGGCCAGUCUCCGGUUUCUUUUGAGGAGGUGGCCAUGUGUUUCACAGAGGUAGAGUGGGCACUGCUAGAUCCAGACCAAAGAGCUCUUUAUGAAGAUGUCAUGCUGGAGAAUUAUGGGAGCGUGGCUUCUCUGGCAGCACAUAUAGAGAAGAUAGUUGGGGGAAACCAGGCGUUCUCUGUGGAAAAAGACAAGGAUGAUGUUUAUGAAGGGAAAGUUGAGGACAGAGACCAGUUACCGAUACAGGAGGGAAGCCAUGCAGACAAGACAGCAGAUAAGCCCGUUCAGUCCCAAGGAGGAUGCUUCUGUGAAAGUCCAGUCCAUGAAGUAAGGGCGCCCAAAACAAGAAGGAACGUAUGUCGUUGUGCUAAACAAAGAAUCUUCUCCAGGGAAAACACGAAUGAAAAUCUGGCCUUUGGAAAUCAAAGCCAAUAUGAAAUCCAUCUGCAAAUGCACAGUGGAAAGAAGACCAAGCAAAGCUUGGAGUUUGGAAAGAAUUGUGUUCGUAGAGCAGAGCUACUAAGCUAUCAAAGAACAGAUGAAGGAGAGAAGCCUUAUAGCUCCACAGACUGUGGCCACAGCUUCUCACGAAAAUCAGAUCUUUCUCAAAACCACUGUGGGACUCAUAAAGGAGACAAUACAUUAGUCCACAUAGAGACGUUAAAGGCCUAUAGUAUAAGAAAGGGUAAUGUACAUCUUGCAAAGCAUAGUAUAAUAAGGGCACAUAAAUGUUUUUGGUGUGUAAAAAUCUUCAGCUGCAGAUCAAAGCUCCUGAGGCACCAAAGAAGUCACACAAAGGAGAGGCCUUUUGAAUGCUCAGAGUGUGGAAAGAGAUUCAGUCACAGUUGCAAUCUUCAAGAGCAUCAGAGAACUCACACAGGAGAGAGACCUUUUGAAUGCUCAGAGUGUGGAAAGAGAUUCAGUUGGAGUGGCAGUCUUCAACAGCAUCACAAAACUCACACAGGGGAGAGACCUUUUGAAUGCUCAGAGUGUGGAAAGAGAUUCAGUCAGAGUGGCAAUCUUCAACAGCAUCAAAAAACUCACACAGGGGAGAGACCUUUUGAAUGCUCCAAGUGUGGGAAGAGAUUCAGUCAGAGUAGCAAUCUUCAGCAGCAUCAGAGAACUCACACAGGAGAGAGACCUUUUGCAUGCUCAGAGUGUGGAAAGAGAUUCAGUUGGAGUGGCAGUCUUCAACAGCAUCAAAAAACUCACACCCAGGAGAGACCUUUUGAAUGCUCCGAGUGUGGAAAGAGAUUCAGUCAGAGUGGCAGUCUUCAACAGCAUCAAAAAACUCACACAGGGGAGAGACCUUUUGAAUGCUCAGAGUGUGGAAAGAGAUUCAGUCAGAGUAGCAAUCUUCAACAGCAUCAGAGAACUCACAGAAAGAAGAGACCUUUUGAAUGUUCAGAUUGUGGAAAGAGAUUAAGUCAUAGUAACGCUCUUCAAGAGCAUCAAAAAACUCACACAAAGGAGAGACCUUUUGAAUGCUCCGAGUGUGGAAAGAGAUUCAGUCAGCAUGGCCAUCUUCAAGAGCAUCAAAGAACUCACACGAAGGAAAGACCUUUUGAAUGCUCAGAGUGUGGAAAGAGAUUUAGUCGGAGUGACACUCUUCAGAAGCAUCAAAGAACGCACACAAAGGAGAAACCUUUUGAAUGCUUAGAGUGUGGAAAGAGAUUUAGUCGGAGUGACACUCUUCAGAAUCAUCAAAGAACACACACAAAAGAGAGACCCUUUGAAUGCUCAGAGUGUGGGGAAAGAUUCAGUCAGAAUAACAGUCCUCAACUCCAUCAAAGAACUCAUACAAAGGAGACCUUUUGAAUGCUCAGUGUGUAGUAAGAGAUUUAUUUAUUUAUUUAUUUAUUGUUUCGAUUUAUAAACCGCCCCAUCCCCUGGGGGCUCACAGUAGCCAUCUUAAAAGGCAUCGAAGAACUCACACAGGGGAGAGACUUUUUGAAAGCUCAGAGUGGAAAGAGAUUCAUCAGGCGAGGCCAUCUUCAAGAACAUCAGAGAACUCACACAAAGGAGACACUUUUUGAAUGCUCAGAGUGUGAAAAGAGAUUCAGUCAGUGUGGCCAUCUUCAAGAGCAUCAAAGAACU